AUGUCAACAGACGAUGAAGCAAUCAAUCUGCUGUCUUUUGAUGGCGGAGGUGUCCGAGGUGUCACAUCACUGCUUAUUAUCCACGAAAUCAUGAUCAAGAUCAAGGAAAGACACGGAUUAGCUGAAAUACCCAAGCCUUGCGAUGUCUUCCACAUGAUAGCCGGGACCAGCACGGGAGGCCUCAUUGCCAUCAUGCUCGGCCGGCUUCGAAUGUCCACCGAGGAAGCCUUACGCCAGUACGACGUCUGUGCCGAGAAUAUCUUCUCGUCCAAGAAGUGGGCGAACAUCACAGAAAAGUUUCGUAGCACCCCGAUGAUAAAUAUUAUCCAGAAACUCGUGGCGGAGAAAGACAUGGGGGAAAUGAUGCGCGAUCCUGCAAAGCCAGCAAAGGGUAAGGCGGUGGUUUGUACUAUGCCGCGGAAGAGGGCGAAUCCGAAGAAUGUUCGGCGGAUUCGCUCCUUUUCACCAGAAAAGGAUAAUUGGGACAAAGAGGUGAAGAUAUGGGAGGCUGCCAGGGCCACAACGGCUGCUACCUUUUACUUCAAACCACAACCACUCACGGUCUCAACACCUCAGGGUGGUUCAAAAAUUGAAGACUACAUUGACGCUGCCUUUGGGGUUAAUAACCCUACCAACGAGCUCAUCAAGGAAGCGGUUGCCGAAUUUGGGCCCAGUCGACGGCUUGGUUGCUUGAUCAGCAUUGGGACUGGGACUAAACAGGAGCGUGUAAUUUCCAGAGCUGCAAGUGGGUUGAGGAACGUCUGUGAUAUGUGGGGGAGUAUAUUUGAUGUCGGGAUGGCCAUGAAGGACAUGGUUACCAAUGCCGAACUCGUGCAUUUCGACCUGGAAAUGCGACUGAGACGAAAACCGGAUGCCUACUUUCGCUUCAACGUUCCUCUUGCGGCAGACGAAGUCAGUCUGGCCCAGUAUGGCAAGAUAGGAAAGCUCAAAUCGAUGACCGCUAAAUACCUCUGCGAACCGGAGGUGGUUGGCAACAUUGAGAGGGCGGCUGAUAUUUUGGAAACCGAGAAUGCUGAACACCACCUGAACCUCGGAGCCCUAUCUGAACCAAGCGAAACAAGGCCUGACGAAAACCUAAAAGCAAACCUGAUGGGUGAGGCAAGCCGGUACUUCACGGGAAGAAACCACAUCAUGGGGAUCCUGAAUACAUUCUUCUCCGAUCGAGAAGACGAGACUGUUCCUCGAAGAGAGUUCUGCCUCCAUGGCCUUGGCGGUGUUGGGAAAACACAGAUUGCGUUGAAGGCAGCCAACAUAUUCCGUCAUGGGGAUCCCGAGCUGGGCAUACCGAGGAAGCGAAGGUUCCCGCAUAUUCUAUAUGUGGACGGCACCGACAAGACAACCAUCAGCCAAAGUUAUGCAAGCAUUGCAAGAGAUGAAUUUGGCAUCGAGGCCAGUGGCAACUCUGACCAGUUGAUGAGACAAGCUCUUCAGAAAAUGGAACGGCUUGACGAGGAUUGGUUUCUGAUUUACGACAACUGCAACCAGGAAGACCGCCGAGAGUUGCUACCGAAGGGGGACACAGGCAAUGUUCUAUUCACCACGAGAAACCGGGUGGUGCGAAACCAGAUGCGAGAUGAAUGCGUCUAUGAUGUCGAGGUGUUGGAGGAACUGGACGCUAUCCGGCUUCUCCUGACAGCCUCGGGAUCAAAAUACGCUGAUCUGAACGCAUGGGACCAGUCAAUAGGCAAGGAAAUCGUCGAGGAACUUGGCUAUCUGCCCCUCGCCAUCGACCAGGCAGCUGCGUACAUCAGAGAAGCUCCAUGUCCCCUUGAUGGCUACCUGGAAGUAUUCCGCAAGCAAAGGGUCGAACUACUCCGAAACCCAAAGUUCAAAGGCUCGCUCGCACAGAACCAGGCCGUUUACACCACAUUCGAAGCAUCUUACAAAGCCAUCGCCCAGCUUGAACUGCACAACAAGAACACGCUUGGUAGAAACGCCGGUCUUGCUCUCCGAGCUCUCGAUCUGGUAUGUUUCUGGCACAACGAGAACAUUCCAGUCAAAGUUGCUUGGUGGGGAGGCGUAUCCUGGAAGAAUCGACUCGACAUGGGCAAGGACAUGCCCGCGCUGGAAGAGCACUUGGCACAACUCACCGGGGACGAAACGAUGACCUGGCGGAAGUUCUUCUUCCAGUUGAGCGAAUCUAGGGAUGGAGAAUUCCCAAGCGCCCUCGACAUCCUCGAACGGUACUCAAUACUUACAGUGAAGGAGCGGGAACUCGCCUCAAUGCACGUCUUGGUUCACUCCUGGGCACGGGACCGGAUGAAGGCUGAACACAGGGCACGACAAGCCCUUGUGUCAAAAGUCCUACUGUUGGACUCGAUUGGCGACACACUCACCGCCACCUACGCACGUUCCUAUCUCCAUUCGAUUUACCCCCAUGUUCGGGCGUGUCUUGAACACUCCACAUGGGGAUCUAGAUCCCUCCAUCUACCGUACGAGCUCGUCUUGAGAGGCAAAUACGCGCACAUCCUCACCUUUCAGAAGCGUUUUGGUGAGGCCGAAGCCGAAUACCUCGAUAUCAUUCACUUGAGCAAAUUGUCUAUCGGGCCUACCACUUGGGCGGUUCAGCGGCCCCUCUGCUCUCUAGGGAAGCUCUACCAUGAAAUGGGUCGUUUGCGCGAAGCUGAGUUGACGUAUCUCGAAUGCAUUGAUCGCUGCAUCUUGGAGAAGGAAGCAAAUCGGAUGGAGAUAGAGGGGCGCGUAAAGGCACAACUUGCGCAACUGCGUGCCAUCCCCAAGCGAAAGAAGCAGAAUAAGAAUGACGAAUCGGACGAGGACAGACCGCCAUCACCGCAGCUGAGCGAAGAGGAGAUUGCCCAAGCAGCUCGCUGGUUCGUACCCGACUGGAAUAGCACGGAUAGCUGGCAGCUUCAGAUUUCCAACAUCGAAGAGAACCUUGCCAGGGUUUACUACGACCAGGCAAACACUGAAGAUGAUCUCAUCUAUUCCGCAGAUCUUUUGGCCAGCGCGCUGUACCGACGAAAGAAGAUACUCCACCCUGAAAACAUGGAACUCUGGAGGACAGAAGAUGAGUAUCGAAGCAGAACCCAGCAUCGGGAUGUGAAGUACUGGCUGUUUCGGUUCGAAGCGGCAAUGAAGACGUUCAAGUCUGAAGAGGACCAAGUCGCUUUCAUUACAGGAGAAUACCACGGCCGCCUUGUCCAGAAUAUGGCUAACAGCAUGGUUGCCAUGCGGCAAUGUGUCAAGUAUCACAAAGGCGAGGAUUAUUGGGCAGAAGACUUGAAGUGGAUGUGGGAACAAGCCCACAAAUACUACGGGACGAUACUCUGGAAUGGAUUUAUCAAGUGGUUCGGAGAGUCCGACUACAGGUGUCUCGAGGUGAUGCGGCGGAUGGUCAAGUGCCUCAUUGGCUUGAAAAGAUAUGAAGAAGCUGAAGCACUCGCGAGAAGGUGCCUGGCGUCGAGCAUUGUGGGCUAUGGCGAAUGUCACCAGCAAACGAUCCUAUCCCUGGAAAAAUUGCACGAGGCUAUUGCUUGUCGACUGGGGGGUUAUGAUCUCGAGUCGGUUUAUGUUAUCAAGGAGGCUUUUCACAGGGCAGACGCCGUUUUCGGAGUAGACCACCGGCUCACGAAACGCACAGGCAAGAAAACCACCCGCGCCAUGGAGAACUACCAAGAGAAUCUCUCCGACUGGGCGUCAAUGAGCCAAAACAUCUUGACUGAUGCUCACUGGGAGUAUGGGGCAAUGGAAGACCAGGAGACAAGAGAGGUGCUACUCGGUGAACGCGCAAAGCACCACCUCGUAUCGUACACGAUACCUGACCCAAAUUUCGACGCACGCCUUCGUAAGAUGGCAGAAGCAAACGCAAAAGCGGUCUUGGAAGAGACGAUGAUGGAGGUUGAAUCAGAGGUGGCUCCAACAACAACAACAACAACAACACAUACUCACUCAAGACAUGUUGACAUAACACCAGCAGCCACAAGCGAACCACCAUCGCAAAGCACUUCAAAAUCACUUGGUCACCACCACAAUCACGAGUCAUUUGGCGAAUCACAAGCGUCUACACUUUUCUCCCAAGCUCGAGAAGAGCAAUACACAUCUGACAGCAGCAGCGGGGAUACCAAAAGAAGUGGUGUAAACGAUAUCAAGGGAAAGUCAGUGGCAGAAUAG